UCUCAUUUGCAGUCAUUGAUGCCUGAGCAGCAAUAUGCCGGCUGCUCUGCGGUGGUUGGCCGUCCUCUUUGCCUUGUGGUGCGUUUGUGGAGAGGCUGAAUCCAAAAGGAAUUACAAAUGCCCUUCAGGAUGCUCCUGCUCCAAGGAGACCAUCAUCUGCAUCGGCACUACACAGAUCCCCCGGACUGUUCCGAAUGACAUCACCUCACUAAGCAUUGUAAAUGGAUCCAUUGCAGAAAUCGCUGAGGGGAUCUUUUCACUGAUGCCUUUCCUUCAUCUGCUGCUUGUAAAUGCCAACUCUUUGACCAUGAUCAAAGACGAUGCCUUCUACGGUCUGUCACAUCUAGAGUAUCUAUUCAUUGAAGGAAACAAGAUUCAGACCAUCACCAAAAAUGCCUUGCGAGGACUUCGAGCUUUGACCUAUCUCUCGCUGGCAAAUAACAGGAUGAGGUUUUUGCCAAGAGAUCUCUUUUUUGAUUUGGACUCAUUGAUGGAACUAGAUCUGCGAGGAAACUCUUUCCAGUGCAGCUGUGAGAACAAGUGGCUGAUGACGUGGCUGAAAAACACAAACGCCACAGUAUCAGAUGUCCCGUGUGCAGGCCCCAAUGACAUGAAGGGCAAACGGCUCAAUGACGUCCCCAUCCCACCCGGUGAAUGUACUUCUACAGACUUUGUGCGUCAUCAGUCGAUCCCCAUUCAGUCUCUGUCAGGAGACAUCUUCUCUUUUAAGGAGGACAUCUUUGUGGCGUUGGCUGCUCCGAACUCCAACAGCUGUGUGAUCAUGGAGUGGGAUCACAUUGAAAUGAAUUUCAGAAAAUUUGACAACAUAACAGGGAAAUCUGUUGUUGGAUGUAAAUCGGUUCUGAUUGAAAACCACGUCCUAAUAAUAGUCACCCAGCUCUUUGGCGGUUCCCACAUCUACAAGUUUGACGAGCAGCAAAACAAGUUCAUCAAGUUUCAAACCAUGGAGGUCUUCAACAUCUCCAAGCCAAACGAUAUGGAGGUCAUCAAGAUAGAUGGUGACUUAUAUUUCCUGAUUGUAGACAGCUCCAAGGCUGGCAUGUCCACCCUCUACAAGUGGAAAGACCAACCAGAUCGCAAUGAGACUGGUUUUUAUUCCUACCAGUUUCUCCACGAAUGGUUUCGUGACACAGAUGCAGAGUUUGUGGAGGUAGACGGGAAGUCCUACCUGAUAUUAGCGAGUCGUUCCCAGCCCCCUGUCAUCUACCUGUGGAACAAGAGCACCCUGAAGUUCAUACACCACGGUGAAAUCCCAGAUGUUGAUGAUGUGGUGGCGGUCAAAGCGUUCUGGGUGGAGGGUGAGUUGUAUCUGGCUCUUGCUUGCUACAUCGGAGACUCGAAGGUCCUCAAGUGGGCCAACAAGCAGUUCACCGAGGUGCUGGCCCUUCCCUCCCGAGGAGCGAUGAUCCUCCAACCUUUCACCUUCGCAGACAGACAGUACUUGGCUCUCGGCAGUGAUUACUCCUUCACACAAAUCUACCUCUGGGAUUCGGAGACGAAAACGUUUCACAAAUUCAAAGAUAUCUAUGUGCAGUCGCCUCGAUCCUUCACCGUGGUGACCACUGAUCGCAGGAGCUUCAUCUUCUCCUCCAGCCUAAAGGGAAAAUCUAUCGUUUUUGAGCAUAUAUUUGUAGAUCUCAGCUUGUAAUAGUCCGAUGAAUUAUUCCAGAUGAAUCUCUUAUGCUGUACAGUCUUAUGCAACAAGUGACAUAACUCCACUUCAGUUCUGAGACCGAACUUGAGAGUUUCUGGAAAUCAUAAAAAUAUCAAGCAAAUUUGGAUGAAUAGUUGAUACAAGAAUGAAACUAACUUAUUUAAUGGCCUGGAAAAAUAUGUAUACAAAGCAAAUGCUGGGAUGAUUUUGCAUGAAAAUAAUGUUAUGGCUAAUCAGGCUUUAAAGGUUUUCACUUUUGCCUUAAAGUGGACCACAACAAUGUGUAUGAUAUCUAAGCACAGGAGUCAAUUUAGCUAUUCGUUCCGAAUUCAGAACAUUAAAAAAAGAAAAAAAAAAUUAUAAAUGUGAAUUUUGAUGGUGCAUCUGCAGGACUGAUCCUUUUUUUUUUUUUUUGCUCUACCAGUGAGGGGAAAAAUUUGGAAGUUGGAAAAUCUGGAAGUUGUUGAAUUGUAGUUAAAAUUUUCACAAAAACAUUGAGUUUUUACUUUCUCUGAUCGCUGGAGGAAAGUAUUGUUGGAACAAAAUGACAUCAUGGUUUACAAAUUAGCAAAAAAGUCUUUUGACUUGCAGCUAAAUGAAUAAAAUCAGUCCUUUUUAAUUUUUAAGCAAUGGCCUUGCAAUAUCCCACUGCAGUGAAAGCCUGAUUGAUGACUUUCCUUUCUAUUGAAACUCAGCUGAAUGUAGCCAAACUAUAUAUAAUGAGCUUUAGUGUCAGUGUUUUGUUAAUGCAUAAAUGCUACCGACUGCCUGGUUAAAAGCAAGUUUUUUACAAGAACUUUAUUACUUUCUAUGCAAAAGUAGAAUUGAACUUAAAAAUGCCUUUUCACAAAUGUGAACCCUUUCUUUUGCAGUUCUUUUUUCCAAAUAUUUUUGUAGAUUUAUUUAUUAUUUGUAAAACUGUCUUUUUUUAAGCUGCUGUAGCAUGAUGUCAAAAUUAGGUCAUGUGUUCUUUGAAAAGCUUUCAGCCCAAUAUAUGCUGUACGUUUAAGUGUAUUUGUGAACAUGACACAACAUUUCCACUCUACUAAAACCACAGCAAUCUUGAAGAAGUGACCUUUUACACAUUUACCACUUUGUGUUUAAUAGGAGAAUGCUUUAUUAAUGCAUCAAAACCCUUUACUGCACUGUAACAAAUUGUGUUUCAUUCUGUUGUCAAUAAAUGAAGCGCAGCAAUAAUACAAAGCACUUAUAGCAAUCAUUUUGUUUGAAUUUGAUCAUUUCACGAGUGUAGAGAAUUUCAACUAUUUAGGCAUUUUUUGACUUGUUGCAAAUAAUCCAAGACUCUUUGAAAAAAUAAACUGUUGAUUAUUUACCUUUUUA